AAAGAUAGAGAGAGAGAGAGAGAGAGAGGAGAAGAGAAACGCGAACGAAACGAAACGAAACGAAACCCCUAAUGAAGCAGCAGCAGAGCUCAUCAUCGUCUGAGGCGGUAUCGUCGUCGUCGUCCUCCUCCUCCUCCGCCGUAUCCACUGCAGCCGACCAUUCGCUGCCCGCCACCUCAUCGCCGAAUUCGGGAGCCUCCGAAAAGCUUUCGUCGAUACCUGCGGCGGCACAGGAGGACCUCGCUGUGGGGUCCAGGGACGGCAGCGGGGCACAAGAGAGCGUGACCGUCGAUCGGCGGGGCGAGUACUCUGCGGUCUGCCGAUGGACGGUCCAGAACUUUCCGAGAAUCAAGGCUAGGGCACUGUGGAGCAAUUACUUCGAGGUAGGGGGAUACGAUUGCCGGUUGCUAAUAUACCCUAAGGGUGACUCACAGGCGCUGCCGGGGUACAUCUCGAUAUACCUCCAAAUCAUGGACCCGCGGGGCACGUCGUCGUCCAAAUGGGACUGCUUCGCGAGUUACCGGCUCGCCAUCGUUAACCUCGCCGACGAUUCCAAGACCAUUCAUCGCGAUUCUUGGCAUCGGUUCUCGAGCAAGAAGAAAUCUCACGGUUGGUGCGAUUUUACGCCUUCUUCAACUGUCUUUGAAUCGAAAUUAGGUUAUUUGUUCAAUACGGACUCCGUUUUGAUUACCGCCGAUAUCUUGAUAUUGAAUGAGUCCGUUAAUUUUACGCGAGAUAGUAAUAACAAUAACAAUGAGCUCCAAUCGUCCGCCGGCUCGAUGAUGUCUGGUUCCGCCGUGGCCGGGCCGGUUUCCGAUGUGUUGAGUGGCAAGUUCACAUGGAAAGUUCAUAACUUUAGUUUGUUUAAGGAGAUGGUUAAGAAUCAGAAGAUAAUGAGCCCGGUGUUUCCUGCUGGAGAGUGUAAUUUGAGGAUUAGUGUGUACCAGAGCUCGGUGAACGGCGUGGAGUAUUUGUCAAUGUGUUUGGAGAGCAAGGACACGGACAAGACGGUUGUGUUGUCUGAUAGGAGUUGUUGGUGUUUGUUUCGAAUGUCGGUGUUGAACCAAAAGCCUGCGACUAAUCACAUGCAUAGGGACUCGUAUGGGAGAUUUGCUGCCGAUAAUAAGAGUGGGGAUAACACUAGUUUGGGGUGGAAUGAUUAUAUGAAGAUGUCGGAUUUUGUUGGGACUGAGUCGGGGUUUUUAUUGGAUGAUACUGCAGUGUUUAGUACAUCAUUUCAUGUGAUAAAGGAAUUUAGUAGCUUUUCGAAGAAUGGAGGAUUAAUUACUGGGAGGAGUGGUAGUGGGGCAAGGAAGUUGGAUGGUCACAUUGGGAAAUUCAAUUGGAGGAUUGAAAACUUCACUAGGUUGAAGGAUCUUUUAAAGAAGAGGAAGAUAACAGGUCUCUGCAUCAAGAGCAGGAGGUUUCAGAUUGGAAAUCGAGACUGUCGACUCAUAGUUUAUCCCCGAGGGCAGUCUCAGCCACCAUGCCACCUUUCAGUGUUUCUUGAAGUUACUGAUUCACGGAAUACUUCCAGUGACUGGAGUUGUUUUGUGAGCCAUCGUUUGUCGGUUGUUAACCAGAGGAUGGAGGAGAAGUCUGUCACAAAGGAGUCUCAGAACCGCUACUCCAAAGCUGCAAAGGACUGGGGCUGGCGUGAAUUUGUGACGCUUACUAGUCUAUUUGAUCAAGAUUCAGGGUUUCUAGUUCAGGACACUGUUGUAUUCUCCGCGGAGGUCCUUAUAUUGAAGGAGACAUCAAUAAUGCAGGAGUUUACUGAUCAGGAUAAUGUGUCAAGCGAUGCCGGUUUGCAGAUUGAUAAGAAUGGGAGAAGAAGUUCCUUCACAUGGAAGGUGGAGAACUUCCUGUCUUUUAAGGAAAUAAUGGAGACUAGAAAAAUCUUUAGCAAAUUCUUCCAAGCUGGUGGAUGUGAAAUUCGAAUUGGUAAGCAGCAGUCACACAUUUUCUCCACUAAAAAGGGUGGUCGCAUUUGUUUGCAUUUCAUAAUCUUACUGACAUGUGUUUUCCUUGAUGCAGGUGUAUAUGAGUCCUUUGACACCAUAUGUAUUUAUUUGGAGAGUGACCAGUCAGUUGGUAGUGAUCUGGAUAAAAACUUUUGGGUUAGAUACAGGAUGGCUGUUGUGAAUCAAAAGAACCCUGCUAAAACUGUGUGGAAGGAAUCAUCUAUAUGUACAAAGACUUGGAACAAUUCUGUUUUGCAAUUCAUGAAGGUGUCAGAUAUGUUGGAAGCAGAUGCAGGGUUUCUUGUUCGUGAUACUGUUGUUUUUGUCUGCGAAAUAUUGGACUGCUGUCCUUGGUUUGAGUUUUCAGAUCUAGAGGUUUUUGCUUUGGAUGAUGAUCAGGAUGCAUUAACAACAGAUCCUGAUGAGCUAGUUGAUUCUGAAGAUAGUGAAGGAGUUGGUGGUGAUGAAGAAGAUAUCUUUAGAAACCUACUUUCUAGAGCUGGAUUUCACCUCACAUACGGAGAUAAUCCUUCACAGCCACAGGUCACUCUACGAGAAAAGCUUCUGAUGGAUGCUGGUGCUAUUGCUGGUUUUCUGACUGGGCUCCGUGUUUAUCUUGAUGACCCUGCUAAAGUAAAACGCCUGCUUCUUCCAACCAAGCUUUCUAGUAGCGGCGAUGGAAUGAAGGUCAUAAAGAAUGAUGAAUCUUCCCCUAGUUUGAUGAAUUUGCUAAUGGGAGUCAAAGUUCUGCAGCAGGCGAUCAUUGAUUUACUUCUGGACAUUAUGGUUGAGUGUUGCCAACCUACAGAAGGGACUUCUAAUGGUGACUUGUCUGAUGCAAACUCAAAGUCUCCAGAUGGAAGCGGAGCUGCUAGUCCGCUGCAAUCUGAUAGAGAAAAUGGAGCUACAGAAUCUUCGGAUUGUCCUGUGUGUGAAAGAUUGGAUACUAGCGCUGAUGAAACUAGCAGCAGCACUUCGGCUGUUCAGAGCUCUGACGUGAAUGGGAUUGGUGUACCUGGAAAAACUCUUCCUGGGAAACCAAUUUGUCUUCCAGAAACAUCUGCCGGGGUGUCAGAAAAUGUCACCCUUCGCUCAAAGACUAAGUGGCCUGAGCAAUCAGAGGAGCUCUUAGGAUUGAUUGUAAACUCAUUGAGAGCUCUAGAUGGAGCUGUUCCACAAGGAUGUCCUGAACCAAGACGUCGGCCUCAGUCUGCACAAAAGAUCGCUCUUGUACUGGAUAAAGCGCCGAAGCAUCUGCAGCCCGAUCUUGUUGCUUUGGUGCCCAAGUUGGUUGAGCACUCAGAGCAUCCACUUGCUGCUUUUGCACUUAUAGAACGACUUCAAAAACCAGAUGCAGAACCUGCUUUGCGGACACCUGUUUUUGGUGCUCUUAGUCAACUGGACUGUGGCAGUGUAGUGUGGGAACGAGUUUUAUCUCAAUCUCUUGAGUUUUUGCCAGAUUCAAAUGAUGAGCCUCUUGCUGCAACCAUAGAUUUUAUAUUUAAAGCAGCAUCCCAGUGCCAACACCUGCCUGAAGCGGUCAGAUCGGUUCGUGUUAGGCUAAGGAAUUUGGGUGCCGACGUUUCUCCUUGUGUUCUUGAAUUUUUGAGUAGAACUGUAAAUAGCUGGGGAGAUGUUGCUGAAACCAUACUGAGAGAUAUUGAUUGUGACGAUGAUUUUGGUGACACUUGCUCGACAUUGUAUUCUGGUCUUUUCUUGUUUGGUGAACAUGGACCAAUUUCUGAACGGUUUCAUUUGGUGGAUAAGCAGACUUUCCACGCGAGUCGUCACUUUUCUGACAUUUACAUCUUGAUUGAGAUGUUAUCCAUACCUUGUCUGGCUGUUGAAGCCUCUCAAACAUUUGAGAGAGCUGUAGCUCGUGGUGCCAUUGUGGCUCAUUCUGUGGCCAUGGUUUUGGAAAGGCGCCUUGCUCAAAGAUUGAAUCUUGAUGCUAGAUUUGUUGGGGAUAAUUUUCAGCAGACUGAUGUUGCAGCAGAGGAAGAUGCCAAUGAACAGCUGAGAGUCCAACGAGACGAUUUUACAUCCGUUCUUGGUCUUGCUGAAACAUUGGCCCUCUCUAGAGAUCCGUGUAUUAAGGGAUUUGUGAAGAUGCUGUAUACGUUAUUAUUUAAAUGGUAUGCUGACAAGACUUAUCGAGGGAGAAUGCUAAAGAGACUUGUAGAUCAAGCCACUAGCACUACAGAUAGUAGCCGUGAAGUUGAUCUAGAUUUGGAUAUCUUGGUGACCUUGGCUUCUGAAGAACAAGAAAUUAUCAGACCAGUUUUGAGUAUGAUGCGGGAGGUUGCUGAGCUUGCAAACGUUGAUCGUGCUGCUCUGUGGCACCAGUUAUGUGCCAGUGAAGAUGAAAUAAUUUGCAUGCGUGAAGAAAGGAAAGCCGAAAAUGCUACUAUGGUUAAAGAAAAAGCUGUUCUAUCGCAAAAACUAAGUGACUCUGAAGCUACUAACACUCGUCUUAAGUCUGAAAUGAAGGCUGAGAUUGACCGCUUUGCUCGAGAAAAGAAGGAACUAUCCGAACAAAUACAAGAAGUUGAGAGUCAGCUUGAGUGGUACCGCUCCGAGCGAGAUGAUGAAAUCAGAAAGCUCACUACAGAGAGGAAAGUGCUUCAGGAUCGUCUUCAUGAUGCAGAGACACAACUCUCUCAAUUGAAGUCCCGAAAACGUGAUGAAUUGAAGAAAUUGGUGAAGGAGAAAAAUGCUCUUGCUGAAAGGUUGAAAAGCACUGAAGGUGCACGUAAAAGAUUUGAUGAAGAACUUAAACGGUAUGCCACAGAGAAUGUAACCCGAGAGGAAGUUCGACAGUCUCUUGAGGAUGAAGUACGGCGAUUGAAACAAACAGUGGAGCAAACAGAAGGAGAGAAACGGGCGAAGGAAGAGCAGGUUGCUCGGUGUGAGGCGUAUAUUGAUGGGAUGGAAUCAAAAUUACAGGCCUGCCAGCAAUAUAUUCACACCCUCGAGGCUUCACUUCAGGAAGAAAUGUCGCGGCAUGCUCCUCUGUAUGGGGCUGGUUUGGAAGCUCUAUCAAUGAAGGAGUUGGAGACACUUUCAAGCAUCCAUGAAGAAGGCCUCAGGCAGAUCCAUACCCUUCAGCAGCAGCGUAAAGGCAGUCCAGCCGGCAGUCCCCUUGUGGGCCCCCACGCCCUCCAACACGGUCAUGGGUUAUAUCCUUCAACACCACCCCAGAUGGCCGUAGGAUUGCCUCGUCCUCUGAUCCCAAAUGGUGUCGGAAUCCACAGCAAUGGGCAUGUGAAUGGUAAUGUUGGACCCUGGUUCAACCAUUCGUAGAUGGUUGGGUCAUAGACUCACAGCUCUGUUUUGUUCCAAUGUCGGCAUUGGUUCGCCCAACGGAAUGGGGUGAAAUUGCUAUUUUUUGCAUCGGUUUGUUGGCAUUUUGGCUGUUGGAACUGUCGGUACCGAGUUGAAAAGAGAAAGGAGAAGGAAAAAGGAAUAAGAUGAUGAAAGUUAGGUUUAGGGUUUAAGAAAAUGUGAGGAAGAGAGUCCAAUAGAAGUAACAGUUGCAAAUGCCAAUACUCAUUUGCCCCCUUUUUGUUCCCUUGAAGUCAGUUAUAGGCUUUUUAUUCAUUUAAAUUUUUUGUUAUUCCGGUGUUCGGUUUUUUUAAAUUUUUUGGGUGUGAUGUAGUUCUUCUGUUGUGUUACAGAGGCAAAUCAACUGGUUUAUCGACCGCUUCAUAAAGCGUUUUUGCUAGAAUAGCGACAUGACAUAUUUA